UGCAAAUGUCUGCACACUUUAUAUUUUCCUAGAAAUGCGUAGACUUUCUGGUUUUGCAGUACUGGCAUCAAUUUUAGGUUCAUUUUAUAAAACGGAAUGCAGAGUGGUGGCAGGUAUUGAAGGAAAAGAAGUCAGCCUUCGCUGCAACUAUAAUAACACAGAUGAAUAUCAGAACUACACUAAAGUCUGGUUUAAAUGGACUAGGCCAGGCUUUUGCUAUCAUGUGACAGAUACCAAUCAGUCAACAGCAAUGCGUUUUGUUGGAAGAGCAACUGUGAGUGAUAAGAAGAGCAGAGGAUACCUGAUUUUAAUAGUGAGGAUGCUUCAGAAAGCAGACUCAGGGAAUUAUGGUUGUGGUGCAUUAACCCCAGAUGGUGGGGAAAUAUUAGACAAUAUAACCGUUAAAGUGGAAAAAGCUUCAGCUACAGAAAAGCCCACAACUCCAGACAGUAUACCAGAAGAGGAGAAUUUCAUAGGCGAUAACACCUUUCCAAGCUGCUUACUUCCUUCCCCCUCUUACAGCAUAAGAAACAUAACCAAGAUACUUGAGGAAACAGUAGCAAGCAACAUGGUAUGGAAUAUUUUUCGGUGGGCACUGUUUGGAACAUUACUCACCAUUGUAAUAGCAGUGACAAUAUUGUCCAAGCCCUCAGAUGAGUGAGGACUGUAUCCACACAGAGGAUGGCACUAUAUCAACUGACAGGAGACCAUGCUAAACUUACAUACAGUAAAGAGUGUUGAAGAAGAUUUUAGUACAAUAAAAAUCACUGCUCUUACACCAUGGAAUGAACUAUAGAAUUAUAUGCUUUAACUGCCUUAGCUAAAAAGAAUCUUGCAGCAGAAAUAAAUAUCAAGAAAUAUAAGAAAUAAUACUAAAUUACUGAAUGAAACUUCAUAAUAAGUAUCAAAAAGUAGCUUUUAUUUUGAAUACACCAAAAAUGUAAAAACACAAAUAGUAUGGAAUGUAUUAAUUCAUUGUGGCUAUAAUUUAAGAUGAGUGUCAUCUAAAAAUAUAUGUUUUAACAGUGUAAAUUGGGAUUUUAUUAAAACCACUGCAAUAAACAGACUGUACCUUAUAAUGAUCAAAUGAAACAAGAAUAUAACCAAAAUCAUGUACCUAAAUAAGUGCCAUAAAGCAAUUUUAAUAAAUACUUGUAAAGUUA